AUGGAUCCCAACAACAUUAGAUUCACAGGUCCUACGACCCCCAAUUUGAUGACUACUCAGGAAGAAGUCGAUAUGGAUGCCCCGGCGUUAUCGUACGAAGGAUUCACACAUGGAUCUGUAUCAGCCAGGCAAUUCUCAGUUAAUAUCCACAACAUAAACAACGUAAACUUUAAUUACGGAGGUCAUUCCCCUGACAUUUUUCAGGAGAAUGCCCCUGAAAAUUUGCCAUACAAUGAUCCAUUCGCACAAAGACACACGUUUGAUACCAAUCUCCCUCGACCUGAAGAGAGAGACUCUAAUGGAUUCAUAAGAGAUCCUCAAACUGGUGAGUGGAUAAGACGUGGUCUGGAAGGCCAACAACGUCACGACGACCAUUCUCAUAACCCCGAGGGAGGUAAAAUUCCGCAGGAGCACAUGUUUCCUGACACCUUUCGACAUCAUCCACGGCCAUAUCCAUCACCACAGCCACAUGUCAACCCUGACCACUCUCGCAACCCUGAAGGUGGUAGAAUCCCACAGGAAUUCAUGUUUCCCGACGUCUUUCGACAUCACCCACCACCAUUCCCGCUACCACGUCCACGACCAAGGCCAUCUGUCGACCCUGUCCAUACGCCGACAGAAGUGCCCGAUGAAAUUCGAGACGAUGAAAUUCCAGCCUGGGCUGCGGCUUCCCGCAACACCAUAUUUUCACGGAACCCUCACACCCUUCCCCCACAGCCUGUGAAUCCGGCUGGGCCUCCAAAGGAGACCCCUCAACCGGCAUAUCGAGGGCUGUUCAAGGCGAUCCCUGGUCCGGGACGGGAUACUGGUCACCGAACCGGCGAUAGCCCCAACCGUACUUCUUAA